AAUAAAGUGUCGCGCGUUCGCGUUGAUGAUAUCGUGUGAGUUUGUGCGCAUAAAGAUCGGAAUUGGACGUCCCGAGGCGAGCGAGUGGAGCGGCCUGUGGAACAGCCGGUGAACGUGUAUCGCAGUUCACAGUCUCGAGAACUGUCAAGCGUUUGAAUCAGAUGAUCAGACAUGCCAGACAUGGAAGCUGACGAUCGGGGGCAGAACGACGAUUAUUAUCUGGAGCUGUCUGCUGAUCCUAUCAGGUUCGAAUCAGUCAGCUGCCUCACGAAUGUGUUUUUCGAUGAUUCGAAACAACAAGUAUUUGCUGUUCGCUCAGGCGGUGUUACAGGAGUGCUCGUUAAGGGCCCGGACCAGAACUUAAAUUUUCGAAUGGAGGACAGAGGCCCGGUAAUAUCUAUCAAGUUCUCUCCUGAUAUGAAUGUACUCGCGAUCCAACGCACUAAUUCAUCAGUAGAAUUUGUUAAUUAUUCCCCUGCAUCCGGCUUGGAUCAUGUCGAAUACUCUCAACCAUGCAAAGGAAAAAAUGCCACAAUAUUGGGUUUUGUUUGGACUCAUGGCACUGAGAUACUUGUAGUCACAGAUCAUGGUGUAGAAUUGUUUCAUGUUAAUCCAGAGAAACGGACUAUUAGAGCACUAAAGUGCUUAAGUUUAGGGGUAAAUUGGUUUGUAUUCUGUCCCAAGAGUUAUCUGGUAUUAUUAUCAUCUGGCACAGUUGGUAAUCAAAUACAAGCAUUGCACAUUACUCCUGGGAAUCUUCAUAAAUUAACUAAGUUUGAAAUUGAACAUAGUAUAACAAAACCAGGAAAAUUAGCUGUUUCUGAAAGAGAUGUAGCAUUGGCUGUAUUAUAUGGAACACCUUGUAUAAUUUUGUUAAGACAUCAACCAGGAGCCAACCGCUCAAUGGGAACAGCAUUUGUAUAUAUUUAUACUGUACAUAAGAUGAUGACCAUUAAAAAGAGUCAUAUGUUAAAACUAGAUGUUAGUGGCAGAUUUGCUAUAAAUGUUGUUGAUAAUCUUAUCAUUGUUCAUCAUCAAGCAUCAAAGACAUCAAUGAUAUUUGAUAUUAUGUUAUCCGGAGUGAGUGAUGGGACAGUAAUGCAUCAUACCAGCAUAGCUAUGGCAAAACCAAUUAAACCAUUUAAUCUUAAAGUACCAGGUACAACCUUAUCCGAUCAGAUGUAUCAACCAUGUCAGUUAUAUUCCCCUAAUUGGGUUGUUUUCCAACCAAAUAUAAUAAUUGAUGUAAAGCUGGGUUGUUUAUGGUACAUUGAACUAAGAUUGGAAGCUUUGGUGAAAUUAAUUACAGAUAAAGUACUCCUUGUAGAAUUUUUAAUGCAGCGGUCAAAUGCUAAGCAAAUAUUAAUACAAGUCUUGCAGGACUUUAUGACACAAUUACCUGUAAGCUUAAUGGAAAUGCCAAUCAUAUUUGAUAAACUUAAUUUUGUAUACAGAAAUUAUUUAGAAAGCGAAAUACAAAAUCAGAUGGGAACACCCUUACAAAAUAAUGUAAAAAAUACAACAGCAGUGGCUGAAAAUUUUAAACAUAAAUUAUUACUUGAUCAAAGUGAUAUGUACAGUCACAUAUUAUCUAAAUUUUCUGAAAACACAAUAGAGCCAAAGAUGAUAAUAUGGGUUUUACUUGAAUAUAUCAGAUCAUUAGCUGAACAUGGAAUACCGGUGCAACAUUACUUGCAUGAAUUGAUCAUCACAACGCUGGUGCAUCGAAAGGCUUAUUAUCAGCUCCAUCAGUUGUUACAAUACCACGUCGUCGCUGAUUCAAAGCCUUUAGCUUGCUUAUUACUUUCUCUGGAAAACUUAUAUCCGGCAGCGCAUCAGUUGGCAUUGGAUAUGUUGAAGCGAUUGGGUAACGCGCAUGAAGAGAUAAUUGAAGUGCUCUUAUCUAAAGGACAUAUUUUGGCUGCUUUGCGAUAUGUUCGGUCAGUUGGGAUGGUGGAUCAGGUAUCUGCGAGAAAAUUCUUAGAGGCGGCGAAAGCUACUGAUGACGCAACACUUUUUCAUUCAGUCUUCAAGUUUUUUGAACAACGCAAUUUGAGGCUACAUAAUACUACGGCUUUCACAAGGGGAGAGCAUUGUCAGCCAUAUGUUCAAUAUUUCAAAUACUUAUUCCAAGGAACGGACAAUGAAUGCAAUUCGGACACGAAUUCGAAUGUUACCACUAUUUCUUCAUAG